AAAGAUGUCAGCCUCCACAGAACUAAAUGUCGCCAAAAAGAAUCUUUCAGACGUCCUUGGGGACGCAAUGAAAACAUAUUUGAUUAUUUUGAAAUCAUGGUUUAAGCAAAAGAUAUCAAGGGAGGAUUUUGACUAUGAGGCACGGAAGCUGCUCACAUCUGAAACAGUCCACUUACAUAAUGAGUUCCUCCUGGCCAUCCUGAGCAAAUGUCAGAGUCUUGCUUCAGCACUGGCACCAAAAGAUGUCAACAGCUCCAGUCACUCACUGUCAAGUCCUAAACAGAUUAAAAAGCCAAGAUUAAAGAGAAAGUCGUCAUCAAAUAAAGCAAGUUUUCAACAGCGCUUCGUCCCUGCUGACCCCUUGAAGAAUGUGCCACUGGCUGUUGUCAAGGGGCCAGAAGAUGAGGGAGGGAUCCAUUUUUGUUCGCGAGAGUUGAUCCUUCCUGGAAUCUCCACGAUACAUGGCCGAAUGAUUGUUACUGCUUGGGAUUUUGGCCUGGAUAAUGUUGAGGAUGAUGCUGUGAGGAUGAUGCUCGCAGCUACUGAACAACUUUUCAAAAAUAUCAUAUCAGCAAUUCUCUUGCGGCGGAAUGGCUACAAGUUGAGAGAGAAUCGAUUCAAAUACGCCAUAGGAACCCAAGCACCAAGCUCAUAUUUACGAAACACAAAUGAUAUCUUGGAUUUCUCAACUGACAGCCAUGCUACUGAUAUUUCUAGUCAAGGAGCUGUCAUCCCGAGUAUCAAACCAGGGCGGGACAUCGGUGAAAUGGACGGAGCGACUCAGGUAGCCUGUGGCAGUUCGGAGGAACCGCCUCGGCGACCAGUGAACAUGUAUGAUGUUGCUGAGGCACUGCAGGUCUACCGGAGUACGCUACCUUCACAUACAGUUUACGCGAUGAAUAUGGAACGGAUUAUUCAACGAUUGUGGCAUCCGAGUAACGAAGAGCUCGAUCAGGAUCACAUACGACGACAAGAGGUCGCUAUAAAACAGGAACUUGCCACAUGGGGAAAGCCGAACAAAUUGAGUCGGACUGAUUCAAAUUCCAAACACAGUGCAUCAGGGACGACGUUAAGGAUGUGAAAUAACUGAAAUAAACUGGUUUUUCAGACGAGAUGGAAUUUCAUUUUCUUUGUGCUUGGUGGACACUUGUGUACUGACAUUACCAUCAUAAAUUCUUGCCGUCAUGUGGAGUUGCAUGUACUUAACUGAUUUGGGAUUUGGUUAUUCGUGUUAUUAGCCAGGGCUUUGAGGAGUAUCCUGAUCCCAUGUCAUUGAAAAUAAAGUCAGCUCUUGUUCUUCUGGCAUAAAGAUGGUAGAUACAAAUGCAGAAGAUAUUUAUGGAAUUUUGUACAAUAUUGUUUUAUUGUAAAUAAAUAAUGUCUUUGCACUACACACAUCCU